AUGGAAACUUCUCAGCCUCUUUCUAUAGAAAGCUUCUCAUACAGUUGGUUAGUGAACCUAAGGCCAUCAGCACUAGAAAGCCUAGAAAGCUCCCUAAGAACUCCCCUUGAUGCAUCUGAUGAAACUUCUUCCUUCAUUGAGAUGGACCCAAGAAUGCCACCUUCUAAAAGAUUCUUUAAGAACUCACAGGACUCCAAAUUUGACUUCCCAAUUUCACAGUCCCCUCUCACUCUUGUCCAUGCAGAUGAGCUCUUUUCCAAUGGCUACCUCAUGCCUCUCUUUGUUGAGUCAUUGCAAAUGGAAGAAUAUGAGUCCUCAGACUCCAACACAAGCUUAGUUUCAUCAUCUUCACAUGCACCAAAGAGUGAGGCUCCUACAGGCCCUUCUAGAUGCCUUUCCUUAAAAAAGUGCAGAACAUUGUCAAGGAGAGUGUUUCAGAAGUAUCUGAAUUUCUUGAGGCCCUUGUGUAGAAAGCUGAGGGUUCACAAGCCUAGUAUUGAUGCUGUUGCUAAGAGAGGUGAGGCUGUGAAGAAUAGGAGAUACUAUUCAGACACUGCUACUUCACCGCGAAUUAGUGUAGCCUUUUCUGCUGAUGAUUGGCGCUACUCUUGUGAUUCUGAAAGCUCAAUAUAUGAAGCAGUUCUCCAUUGCAAAAGAUCCAUCGGAGAAUGA